GUUAAACACCGAAUAAUAAGAAGAAGUCAGUGAGGUACCAGGAAGCUUUAGCCACCGCUAGCUAGCCAGUCAGCCAAGACCAACACCCUGAUAUCAAACAUGCUUGCUGAUAGUGAAUUCGUAAAUCUACGAAAUAGAUUUAAGAAAGAUGCUGAUCUUCUCAUGCAAGGGGUUUCAGCAGGUGACAGCAACGAAAAGAGUCAAGAAGAGAAAGAUGCCAAACCACUUCCUCGGAUCAACCGCCAUUCCGUCUUCUGGAUUGUGGCUUCUGUCGGGUUGACUUACUAUUUCGACUGCCUCCGCGUCAUCACGGAGAAUGCCGAUAUCAAAAGCUGGUGGUUCAAUGUUGGAGUGAUACUGCUGGGAAUAUGCCUAGCUUUGGCCAUGUUUUGCAUUGUAUACCUGGAGUGGUUUAAGGGAAUACAGCACUAUGAUCAUGAGUACCCUGCUAUUGCCCCUAUCACCACAGCAGCCUUCAUUGCAGCAUCAUGCAGAGAAUUUGGCAGUACUUCCAACCGGCCUCACAACUGCUGACCACGUGUAACCACGCCAGCCCAGGACCUCCACAUCCGGCUUCUUCACCUGCGGGAUUGUCUGAGACAAGCCACCUAUACAGCUGAUGAAGCUGGAGUAUUUCUCUGUAAUAAAGCCCUUUUGUGGGGAAAAAUAAUUCUGAUUGGGUGGGCCUGGCUCCCAAGUGUGUGGGUCGAUGCCCCCCCAGGCCCACCCAUGGGUUACAGUCAUGUGAAAUCCAUAGAUUAGGGCAUAAUGUAUUUUAAUUGACUGAUUUCCUUAUAUGAACUGUAACUCAGUAAAAUCUUUGAAAUUGUUGCAUGUCGCGUUGAUAUUCUUGUUCAGAGAGCUUAAGUACCAAUAAUGGAUAACUAAGUACCUACUUCUGAAUGCAAUUAUUUUUGUUUAUUUUACAGUACUAAAGCCUCAACAUAAAGUGAAUGACUACAGUUUGACUGACUUUUUUUUCCUUUUUUUUACAUACAUAUAUUAUAUUGAGUAAAUUACCAAAGCAUUUUAUGUGCUUAAAUAGUUUUUGUAUAGGUUUUUGAAUCACAGUUUUCGUUGUGAGUCAGAAAGCUUUUGUGCUAUUAACAGUGUAAAUGUGUCUGCUUAAAUUCUGUAAAAUAUAUUUAACUUUUUGUUAAAUAAUUAAAAGUGGUUUGUUGCUAAUGUCAAAACCUUGUUUUCCUCUUUUGUUGGCAAAAAACCUUCAAAAUCAUUGAUAUGAACUUGAGUAUCUUUCUUUCUUUUUCUUUCUUUGGUAACAUUGGUCCUCAUUCACCAAUAUCUACCUAAGAAUUUUCUAAAUAAACUCCAUAAGAAAAGUCUA